AGCUACUCCAACGCCUCCAACAGCUGGUUUAAAACACACGAGGGCAUGACUAGUUCCUACACGAGCGCUUUGCGCAUAGGUCUGAGCCCCGCCAUCAGUUGUUUCCUUUUUGCAUUUCGUUUUUGCAUUUCCCAACUUGCGGCCGUUUGA